ACAGGAGUGCGCAGGCGCGCCGACCGCUCUGCGGCUUGGCCGCUGUUUCUUUACUCCCGCGGAUGUGACAGCAGUUCUGAAGAUUCCCGCUUGGGGCGGAUCCAGGGCUAACUGUUCCGGUCACCGCUAGGCCUACCCCUGCACCCUGUCCUAAUUCCCCUCUUACCCACACACGCUAAACCUGUGUACGGACCCGCCUCGAUGGAUCCCGAACCUCAAGAGCCCUCGACCAGCGACCUCUCUGCUCCGCGCCAGCCUCCCGGCGCCCUUUCAGGGCCUGAUGUCCAGGGUCACAGCGCGGGGGGCGACUCAGGCACCAUGAGCCAGGACGCCGAGGUGGAUAUGAAGGAGGUGGAGCUGAAUGAGCUGGAACCCGAGAAGCAACCGAUGAACGCGGCGUCGGGGGCAGCCGUGGCGGUGGCAGGCGGUGGGGAAAAGAACGGUCUGGUGAAGAUCAAGGUGGCCGAAGACGACGCAGAGGCGGAGGCCGCGGCCAAGUUCACGGGCCUAUCUAAGGAGGAGCUGUUGAAAGUGGCGGGCAGCCCUGGCUGGGUUCGCACCCGCUGGGCGCUGCUGCUGCUCUUCUGGCUGGGCUGGCUCGGUAUGCUGGCCGGCGCCGUGGUCAUCAUCGUGCAGGCGCCGCGCUGUCGCGAGCUGCCUGUCCAGAGGUGGUGGCACAAAGGCGCCCUCUACCGCAUCGGCGACCUUCAGGCCUUCCAGGGCAGCGACGCAGGCAACCUGGAAGGUCUGAAGAAGCAUCUUGAUUACCUGAGCACUCUGAAAGUAAAGGGCCUUGUGCUGGGCCCAAUUCACAAGAACCAGAAGGAUGAUGUUGCUGGGACCGACUUGGAACAGAUAGACCCUGCACUGGGCUCCAAGGAAGAUUUUGACAGUUUCCUUCAACUGGCCAAGAAAAAGAGCAUUCGAGUCAUUCUGGACCUUACUCCCAACUACCGGGGCGAGAACUCAUGGUUCCUCCCCACUCAGGUUGACGCUGUAGCCAUCAAGAUGAAAGCAGCUCUGAAUUUUUGGCUGCAGGCUGAUGUGGAUGGAUUCCAACUUCGGAAUGUGGAGAAUCUGACAGAUGCAUCCUUAUUGGCUGAGUGGCAAAACAUCACCAAGAGCUUCAGUGAAGAUAGGCUCUUGAUUGCAGGGACAGAUUCCUCCAAUCUGCAUCAGAUCCUGAGCGUCCUUGAGAAUGCCAAGGACAUGCUGUUAACCAGCUCAUACCUGUCAAGACCCAGUUCCAGUGGGGAGCAUGUAAAAUUCCUCGUCACCCAGUAUUUGAAUGCCACUGACAAUCGAUGGUGUAGCUGGAGUUUGUCUCAAGCAGGGCUCUUGACUUCCUUCGUGCCAACUCAGCUCCUCCGACUCUACCACCUGCUGCUCUUCACUCUGCCAGGGACUCCCGUUUUCAGCUACGGAGAUGAGAUUGGCCUGCAGGCAGCGGCUGUUCCUGGACAGCCUGUGGAGGCCCCGGUCAUGCUGUGGGAUGAAUCCAGCCUCCCCCAAUCUUUAGUAAACGUCAACUUGACAGUGAAGGGCCAGAAUGGUGACCCAGGCUCCUUCCUUUCCCUGUUCCGGCGCCUGAGUGAUGAGCGGGGUAAAGAGCGCUCCCUGAUGCAUGGGGACUUCCAUCCACUCUCCUCCAGUGCUGGCCUCUUCUCCUAUGUCCGCCACUGGGACCAGAAUAAGCGUUUCCUGGUGGUGCUUAACUUUGGAGACAUGGACCUGCCAGCCAGGCUAGGAGCCUCCACCCUGCCUGGCAGCCCCAGCCUGCCAGACAGGGCUGAUCUGCUGCUCAGUACCCAGGCAGGCCGUGAGGAAGGGGCUUCCCUGGAGCUGGAAAACCUGAACCUGAAUCCUCAUGAGGGGCUCCUGCUGCACUUCCCCUAUGUGGCCUGACCCCAUCUGUCUAGGUCCCAGUACCCUCCCUGGUCCCUCCCAGCCCCUUGGGUUCUGUUUUGUUUUGUUUUUUUUUUUUUUUUUUGGUUUUUUUUUUUAAACUUGUCGAUUACAAAUGAACCCCCAAGUAGGGUGUCUUCUGCCUCCAAAUAAAAGUCACCCCUGCUUGGUGAGG